UGAAAAUUUUGGCAAACUCAUGAAGGGCAGGGAACCGAAGGAUCCUUUGAAAACCCUAAACAUAAACCCUAGAAAGGUCCACAAUCACAAUGGAAGGUGAUAAGCCCACAACACUGAUGUGCACAGUGGUGGCUAUCGAUCACACCAACUUUUCUUACAGAGUGUGUUCUGUCUGUGAAAAAACUCUCCCUGACAACAACAUCAAUUCUUCUUCUUCUUCUCUCUGCAAAUACUGCUGCCACUUCAACAAUGCCUUUAACCCAGGUUCCUCCGGAUCCAAACGCCUAUUUCGCCUCCUUGUGUCUAUAGCGUCGGAUACAAAGGUGUUUGUGGUGAUAAUGUUUGAUAGGGCAGCUAGGGUUCUGUUUGGCUGCUCUGCUGAUGAGUUCUUUGAUUUUGCAAAGAGUCAUCCUUCUGCUGCUGUAACUGCAGGUAAAAUUCUGGAGGGAGAGAUUUUGAGAGUGACAUUAUCAAAGCCAAAGAAUGGAAAUGCACAGCAUCUGCGGGUAGUAUCAGUUGUUCCUUUGUGGUCUGGUUUUCGGCCGGCAAUUGAGACCUUGAGGGAAUUGUAUGGUGUAAGAGUUGGUUAGUGGCCUUCUUCUUCAUGCUUGCAUAUACCUACUGUGAUUCAAGGCCUAAAACAAUCAUUCUUUUUGCCUGCAAGCAUAUGCCAUUUCCUGCAAGAUGUAGUUCUAAAAACUCUGAUUUUCAGUUUUUGUAUGCUGAUUGUUUUCAGAGGGCUGUAAAUUGAAAAUUUUAAAAUUGUUCACCAUAUGAUUUCUGCUCUUGGUUGAUAUCAAUCUUACUG